GAGGAAGAACGGGAGAGGGAGGAGCCGUUGCUGAGCGUGGAGGGGGCGGAGGUGAGAUCGUCUGGUGAUGAUGAUCGGUGGCGGCGUCGCGACCCCUCCUGGUACUGCCAAGUCGGCGGCUGCGAUCGACAGCGAAAUGGUACAGGUCGACGGCAUUGGCAGUGGUAGUGUCAGUGGCAGUGCUAGUGGUAGUGGUAGCCCAGCAACGGGUGCAAUUACCACGCGCCUCACGAACAAUAGCAGUAGCGGUACCAAUAACAAUAAUAACAACAACAAUAAUAAUGGGGAGAUUAGCAACAAUAAUGACGGACACGGAGUCGCGAAUUGCACCGGUACGACCGCCUCGAGCGCAAGUGACAAGUUCUGCUGUCAGGACGAGGACGUUCCCGCUAGCACUGGUGUUGCCCGACCUUGGGAACCACCGUCGCCGACCUUCUCCCAAACGAGAUCGCACCUGCUGCAGGUACAUCCGCCGCACCAUCACCAGCAGCAUCCGGCGGCGCAUCAUCACCAGCAGUUGAAUGUACCUGCUUCCCUGAUCGAUGGUGUGAAUUUACAAAAUUGUACGGCCGGUCCUUUCGCCAGUGGCAAUAAUGGCAACGCAUCGCGUCAACGUCUAAUCGAAUUGUCACAUGGAUUAGGAGCACUCAGGCAUUACAACGAUCUCGCCAACCACGUGUUGUCAUUAAAUCAACAGGGCGCAGUCGUUACGAAACUUUUAGGUACGUUGCGCCCACCGGGUCUGAUUGGUGGCAGUAAGCCGAAAGUAGCGACACCGGCUGUCGUCGCUAAGAUUGAACAAUAUAAAAGGGAGAAUCCGACUAUCUUCGCUUGGGAAAUCCGAGAGAGGUUAAUCUCUGAAGGGGUUUGCAGUAACGCGACAGCGCCGUCGGUCAGCAGCAUCAAUCGGAUACUGCGGAACCGCGCGGCGGAACGCGCGGCUGCGGAAUUCGCGCGUGCCGCUGGUUAUGGUCUGUACGCGGCCGCUGGGCCGCAUCCGUACUUCAAUUCACACCAGCAUCCAACGACGAGCCAUCAUCUGCCGGCGGGUUGGCCGGCGCCGGGAGCAGCCGGACAUCCGUGGAUGCUGCCGCCUCUUGCAACCGGUAUAUCCGGCGCCGCCGCGUCUGCUUUGCUUUUGCCACCGUCCCUGAGUCCCGGUGCGGCCGCCGCCGCGGCCGCAGCCGGCCGCGGCCACGCGUCCGCGUCCGCGGGCACUUCCGAACACGCACUUCAUGCCGCCGACGCGAUCGCUCGUGGAUAUCUACAAGAUGGCGACGGUGAUGACGGAAGCUUAGACGGUUCGGAGCAGCCAAAGUUCCGGCGGAACCGCACGACUUUCAGUCCGGAACAGCUCGAGGAACUCGAAAAGGAAUUCGAGAGAUCGCAUUACCCGUGUGUGUCCACGCGCGAACGUCUCGCCUCGAAAACGUCGCUCUCGGAAGCCCGCGUUCAGGUUUGGUUUUCCAACAGACGGGCAAAGUGGCGUCGUCACCAGCGCAUGAACCUCUUAAAGCGUUCGCCACCACCGCCUCCACCACCACCGCCGCAGCCGCAGCCACCGCCGCAGCAACCGCACUCCGCUACGUCCGCUAUGGAAAUCGGCCAACGUACGUCCAGCUGCUCCAUCGCCGGCAUGGGCGGCGAAAGUAGCGCGUUCCGCGCGGUUGUCGCUAAUUCCGUAACCAGGGACACCGGCCUCGACCGACCCGAGAGGAUCGACAGGCAUGAGUCGGUACCAAAGCAACCGGAAAGGAAACCUAGCGCCUUCCGGAUGAUUAGUCAACUGGUGGGUGACGAUUCGUCCGGACUUUCGAGACCGACCAGUCCCGCGUACGAUCAGCGGCAAUCAUCAGGUCUUGGUCCACGUCCAGGAUCGGCGCAUAGGAUACGCUACGAUCAGAACGAGGACGAAGACGAGGAAAUCGAUGUUCAAGACUCCGAUCAGGAUACACCGUCGUCGCCAUCGGUCGCUUGGAGAGAUCAUUGGACUGACCAACAACCGUUGGAACUGACGAAGCACGAUCGCUGAACGAGAUGUGAUAUCUCAGUUUUGAUUUCAAAUGUGAUCGUUAAAUCUGGAGUAAUGUUUUCGCAAAAAAAUCAAGCGGUCGUAUUACAGUUUUUAUUUAUUGAAAAAUAUUAGCUGGACAUAAAUCGCGUGGAUCAGCAACUAUCAGUGUUCAAAGCAUGUUGCUGCGUCAGUUUUUUUAAUCUAUUGGUAACCGAUAAGAGUGCAAAAGUGAAAAUGUUUUUUUUUACGGUGCGCGAAGUACAGAAAAUCACGAUAUAUAUUUAUAGUAAACCGCAAAACAUCGAUCCGGAAUCGACGUUAUUAGCACGCGAGUGAUCAAGUGAUAAACUGAUAACGUGCUGCAUCUUCAACGGACUCGAAUCGAUAAUUAUCGGCAUGAAGCAUCAGAUGUGGCACCGUGUAUGUGUUUAUCUAAUAUUCCUUCUCUUUUCAUUAUUGUCGGCUCGGCUCUUCUCUUUAUUGGUUGAAGUUUUUAAUAUCUACGGAAUUGCUUAUUACACGAACAUGAACGAUUUCUUACGAUCGCGGAUGCGAAUAAGUGUUGCGAGCUGUAUAAUAUUAAAACGCAACGUCAUCAAUGUCAUUGUAAUUAUUAUUGUUAGAUAAGUGAUCGAUGCAUAUCGCGUGGUAAAAGUAAACGCUGUUAGAUCGCUCAAGUCUACCUGGGAAGCCAUUCGUGCGAGUAGAGAAUAAAACUAUAUACCGUGAAGAAAGAAUGAGAUUAUUCGAGCUCAUUCGGAACUAGUCCUAGCGAAUCUUUAUAAAUUAGGGAUAUGCGUUAACUAAGAUAUUUGAAAUAGAAAUAAUCGGAAACACAGAUAAUUCUAUAUGAACUGUGUUAAAAUAAUGUUUAUUUAAAUGAAACCGUUUGUAAAUAUCUACACACGGCGUCACAACCCAUUCUCUCUUGCAAACUCUUCCAAAUUCUCCUAACUAUCCUCCGACAGACAAAACUGUUUUUGGCGAGCCAUCAAAUA